CUCGUCCAAUCACAGGCGGCCGAGCCUUCAUCAUGAGAGGAGCCGGGCUGCAGAUGCUGCACGUGAAAUAACACGUCAUAUAAACCGUCUGUGUCGGUUCUGCAUCUGCGUCGGUGACUUGUAUUCAGUCUGUGGUCGGUGAGCAUGCGGACAGCCGAGGUUAGCAUCGCCCCGCAGCAGCAGCAGCAGCUCCCUGGGUUCUGUGUGUGACUCGGAUGCUCCGGAUAAAGGUAGUUGAUAGAAAGAGAAACCUCUUCUGACAACCUUUCUGACACCAUGGCCCCACACCCGGUGGUCCAGGCCAUCAUUGAUCUCUCUGCAGGAGCCGUAGGGGGAGCUGCAUGUGUCUUCAGUGGGCAGCCUCUGGACACAGCAAAGGUCAAGAUGCAGACCUUUCCUACGCUGUACCGGGGUUUCGUCCACUGCAUCACGUCCACCUACAAACAAGUGGGUCUUCGUGGUUUCUACCAGGGCACCACGCCGGCGCUGAUGGCCAACAUCGCAGAGAACUCCGUGCUCUUCAUGAGCUACGGCUUCUGCCAGCAGGUCAUCCGCUUCACGGCUGGACUGCACAGUGAAGCUGUGCUGAGUGAUGUGCAGAAAGCCUGUGCUGGCUCAGUAGCAUCCAUCUUCUCCUCGCUAGUACUCUGCCCCACCGAGCUUGUCAAGUGUCGGCUGCAAGCCAUGUAUGAAAUGGAGGCAUCAGGAAAGAUAGCUAAAAGCCAGAACUCAGUCUGGUCUGUGGUGAAAUCCAUCAUAAGGAACGAGGGACCGCUCGGCUUCUUCCAGGGCCUGACCACCACCAUAGCCCGAGAGGUCCCUGGUUACUUCUGCUUCUUUGGCGCCUAUGAGCUCUGCCGCACCACCUUCGCAGACUACAUGAAAUGUGACAAGGACGACAUAGGUGUGGCUCCAAUCGUGUUCAGUGGUGGUUUUGGGGGGGCCUGUCUGUGGCUGGUGGUCUACCCUAUGGACUGUGUCAAAUCUCGGAUCCAGGUCAUGUCCAUGACGGGCAAACAGGCCGGGUUCUUCAAAACCUUCAUGACCAUCGCUCGUGGUGAAGGUGUGAGGGCGCUCUACUCUGGUCUCACCCCCACCAUGGUCCGCACCUUCCCUGCCAACGGUGCACUUUUCCUGGGUUACGAGGUCAGCCGGAAGCUCAUGAUGAAGCAGUUUGACAGCUAAAAUUAAGCAUGAGCACAAAGCAAAUGAUGGAGUGGUGAACUGGUAUUACAGCCAAAUAACCUCAACAGAACUCCAGUUGAAGCGUAUAAUGUGUGGGAUGUGGUUUUUGCUGGUUCCUACUUUUUUAAACGUACCUAAAACAUUUUGAAAAAAACUGACACGCUCCAUGAACUGAAAAUAUAUCUUUGACAUAGUGUUUACAUCUUUUAAAACCUAAUAUAUUUUUAGAUCUAAAUAUUCUUUUUAACACUCCUAAAAUGCUACAGUAAAAUGAGAAAAACCUGUACAAGGUACCAAGAAACAUCAACCAGCCUCUUUAUGAGGGAAUGUCGACACUCCGGUUUGUUGUUUUAUGUCUACCUCAACAAAGUUGUAUUCGCACAGAAGUAUUUAUCUGCCAGUCAUUAAAAAUCAUUCUUUACUUGCUGGGUAAGACCAGUACUCUGAUUUUGAGAUAUCCUUGAAGGGUCCAGUGUGCAAGACUAAAGAUCUACUUGCAAGAAUGGUUGAGCUUUCUUUAACUUUUGUUAAUCCUUAAACCCCAUUUAAGAUUUUAGUGAAGUAGAGUGGUGUAUACUAAUCCAUUCAGUUUGCCAAAAUUAUUUUGUCAUGACAUGUUUGCGAUUGUGGAAUUAUUUACAGCUUCAGAGCACAGCUUCGGACACUUGCUGAUUUUUUACACUUAUGAUACACUUGAGUUUAAUCUGCCUUGAAAUAAGCCAAAAUGACAACCAGCAAGUGUGAAUAGUUGAGCCUAAACAUGUUCAUGUCACUGGUCAACUGAUGAGAAAUCUUGUUCUUGUGACUGUUUUUAUUUCACCAUGUUAUAAUUCCACUCGUGUUGUCACCAUUGGUUCAGAAACUCAGUGUUUUGCCUUUUAAACCACUAGAUUUUUCCUUUUUUGUUGUAUAACCUUUAUUGUUGUGUACAGAUCAAUGAGAGAGUCUCAGCUUCCUCAUCUAAUAUGUCAUUUGCACGCUGCAUUCAAUGUGCAGGAUGUCAUUUUGUUUUUCCUCCAGUACUUUAAAUAGUCACCAGUUCAGAAUUCUCAGUCAUAUUCCUGUAAUUUUAAAUGAGAAAUGUAGAAAAUGGCAAUUUGAGAAGAACCAUAGUGAUUUGUAUAGAGAUCAAUCCAAUUGCUGUAAUAUAACCUACAUUAAAUACAUUGCUAGAGAUGAA